UAUCGCGAGCGAUUAGAUGUAGCUGGACUCGUUGAAAACGACAGGGUGCACCACCAAAAACAGUGGUCAACGUUAAUCUGCGCUACGAAGUGGUUGACCGACCACCAAGUUAACAAAACCACCGUAGCCGUUCUUCUCAAACACAUUUCUGAAAAAGAGACGACGUUUUACAAACCAGAGGAGAAAAAACUGCUCGCCAAUGGCUCGAGGCGGCAGUACGCGGCCCUGACAAACUGCGUACACGAAGAAGCCGUCAAUUUGAAAGGGGAGGUAGAAGCAGCAGGCGGCGUCAUUUUUGCCUUGAGCGCACAAGACCUCAAGAAGGCCAUCAUAGAAAAAUGGAGUGAAAAAACAAGCAUUCGCAUGUAUCAACCAAUUUCCUAUGCCAUCAAUUUCCCAGCCAUAUUCCGCCUAGACGUCAAAUACCGAGACCGGGUGCGCCCCCUGUCUCAAUACCUUCAAUACAUCUUCUACGCUGCAAUGUACAAUGCAAACCACUUGCAGUUAGCCCCUCAGCGACCAGAAAAUGCGACAAAGAACGCAAAUCUCCUGUUCAACCGAUGGAAGAAUCCGCAGUCACUUCCGCGCCGUCCGCCAAUGCCAUCAUACAAGAAAAUCGUCUUCACUUCUACUCAAAUAGAAACAACACCCGCACCGAUGAAAACGACACACGCAUGCACGCUGAUGACAUGCUUGGAUACUCAGAUGAUGAGGAUGAGGAUGAGGACAGUGAGCUUGAGGAAAGUGGGAAUGAAGAUGAUGAGGACGAUGAAAUUGAAGAGGAAGAUGGUGAGGACGAUGACGAAGAGUCAGACGUGACUGAUUUCGAAGGAUUUGACGACUGAGGUACAACAAUCUACCCAGGGCCUUCGGGCACUUUUCAUCGGUUUUUGAAAGCCUUUUGGGAGGUCGUCCGGAUAUUUUUGG